GCGUCGCCGGGGGCUCGCUUGUAUCUUUCCCAAUGUACGCGAUAGCGGCUGCGACGCGGUCGGACGUCCAACGCGCUGCCCAGCCAUGCGCGCGGGCUGCGCCCUAACCGCGCUCCUGGCCCUGGGCCUCGUGGCCUUCGUCGCCUCGGCGGGGCCGCGCAGGCCGCACAACAGGGCCUUCGCCAGGGCGGCACAGCACGAGCAGCUCGUCUGGACAGAGGGCGCCUGUCGGCGGCCGCAGCCCAGGGUGCUCUGCCUCAAGGCGCUCCGGCCCAACGAUACCAGGAAAUACGUGCCGCACUGCACCAUCCUGCACCGCUGCGGCCCGGAUACCGGAUGCUGCUCAACGGAGGAAGAGCACUGCCAGGCGAAGACGGUGCAAGCCGUGCCGCUCCAGUUCCUGCUGGUCCAGCUGAACGCCGACGGCCAGUCCCGCUAUGAACCCGCCACUCUGGCCUUCGAUAACCACACCGAGUGCGAGUGCCGCCUCAAGAACGAGCCCAUCCGCUGACACGGCGGUCUGGACUCCGAACACUAAGCCCCGACUGAUGGACAACGUGUCGUGACGUGGCCCAUGGUGACGUGACAGACGGUGACAUCACGGACGUCCUCCCGAAAUCUCGGUGUGCUCGGGAUAUCGCUCACUCGCCUUUCACCUACGCAAUCUUGUCAAACACGUUCGCUUGAAUAACCACUUCGUUGAUCGUUUCAUGAUGGGUGUGAACAAACGUGUUGGCGUUGUUCUUGCUGAACCACUGUCACAGGUGAAGAACUUGCUGCAUGCCCGUGAAAAAGGUGGUGUUCGUGCGCUGAGCUGCAUGUCCUCGCUUUGUCCGAAAAAAGAAUGGCGCUUUUGGAAUCGCUGGUGCACUUAAUGACUCCUUGGCGUACCUGCAUUGCCAUAGAUUAUUUGGUGCUAUGUAGGUUGAUGUGUAAUAGAAAGAAGAUUUCCACAGGACCAGCGCUAAUCAACUGCGAAAAACGCAUUGUUACGCACGGAAAGUCGAACUGCGUAUAAUAGUAUUUAUGAAAUCCAAGACCAACAUAAUACCAGAUUUAGAAAUC